GUUUCAUGUCUCUAUACAAGAUUGGCAUGGGGUGAGGGGGCAAUGAUGAGAGGUUAGCAGAAGGCAAGGAGGCAGAGAUCUGUCAAAGGCAUUCAGGAGCUUAUCUCCAGAACAAGGGCAGGCCAGUGAGAACGCCUCAGGCAGUUGGAUCCCGGCUGCUGCUCCGAGGGGAACAAAUGCAGAGAGAGGCCAGCAGACUGGAAAGUGAGUUCUGACGGAGGUUCCGGAUGAUGCAUCAACAUUCCACCCAGAGGGGUGUGUACCAUCAGAUCAGCGGAACCCCCACGAUGGCCAUCACCACCAUCACCACCACCUCUCCACUACCGCCACUGCCAGCACCACCCACGUUGGAGGGAUAGAGGCUGGGGAAAGGGGGCAAAGAGAGGGCAAAGGAAGGUAACAAUGUCAGAGGACCAUAAAAAUAGUGCCUGCAGAGUGUUUUGGAAAUCAAGGAAGUGGGUUGGAAGUAAAUCAACAGUUGAUUCGGAAGAGAACGUCUCAGUUCCACUGAAAAGCAAGCAUGUUAAAAGGAAGGGGGAGAGACAAUCAACAGACUCUGAAGACCAGCAAGAGGAGAUCUCCAGUGACAUGACCACAUUUCCCUGUUCCACAUGCGAUGCGGAAAUCGAACCACCUAAAAUUUUCUUCCACAAAAAGCAACACGCAGCUCUGGCCACACUGGGUCUGAAAUGGAGUGGUGGAAAUAAGCCAGCACACUCAGUGAUUGCUAUUCAGAGACAGUUUGUAAUUAGCAAACUAUUGUCAUCUUUUACAUUUACUGAAAAAGCCCUCCAGAACAUUGAUAAUGCUUUUGAACUGCUUUGGAAGAAAAAAAUACCAGCAUACUAUGCGAUUAUUGGUAACAUUCACAGCAGUUCCAUAUACUCACAAAAAGUCUGCCAUCAAUUAAUUAAAGGAUUAGCCAUCAGUGAUGACAGGAAUUCUACAUGGAAAGUCGACAUGAAUGAUAAAUUCACCGUGGUGAAUAACUUUGGCAACAAACCAAACGUGUGUUUUCUCGGUUUGUUCGAUGGGCAUCACGGUGCCUCGGCGGCAGGUUUCACAUCCACGGAACUCCCAGUUUUACUUCUCCAUCAGCUUUCCAGAUUUGAUCCUUCCUACCAGCUGACCCCCAAAGAGCAAAAGCUAAUCGAUUCCUUUCAUACUGUGUUUAGGGAAGAAUACCGAGCUACAGAAAACCUCUUUUCUGUAAAGAAACAAGCAAAAGAACCGUGUGAGCAUGAGAACAUACACAAAGCCUUUGCCACAGCAUUCUGGAGAAUGGACAGGCUUUUACGUCUUGGAAGGAAAGAAGUAUCCAGGUUUCAGUGGAGUGGCUGUUCUGCAGUGACCUGUAUAUUGGAAGGCAGAAGUAAGAGUCCCCAGGUCCAGAGGAAUCAAAGAAUCAUUGAUCGUGACAGUUCGGCAGAGAGGUUCCCUUUCCAGAAGAUGCCACAAAUAAUUUCUGGAGAACUACAUGUUGCAAACACUGGUAAUGUGCAAGCAGUCUUAUGCAGAAAUGGGAAAGGCUUUUGCUUAACCAAAGAACACACUGUGCAAAAUACAAACGAAAGAGAAAGAAUACUUCAGAAUGGAGCAAUAAUUACUUCAAAUGAACCCCACAGGCUCCUAGAAGGGCAAAUAAAAACCACAAGAGGACUUGGAUUUCAUGGAAAUCCCAAACUGAAAAAAUUCAUUAUUCCAGCACCUCAAACUAUUUCUGUCCCUAUAGAUAACUUAUGCCAAUUCCUUAUCUUAGCUACUAAUGGACUCUGGGAAGUUCUGGAUAAAAAGGAAGUCACUACACUGGCAAUAACAAUGUUUCAAAUGUAUAAAGAAACAUACUGUUCUAGCAUCCAAAAACAAUCUUCACCAUCCAAACAUCCUCUGUUUUUCUCAAUCAGUGAACCAAGCAUUAAUAAAUCAGAAAGUAAUAUCCACACAUGGUUUCAGCAUAAAUCUGAAGAAUGCGUGUCAAGUACAAAUUCAAAAGAAAAACUGUUAGACUCAAAAUAUUCUAAAUAUUUCACUGGUGGUCCUAAAAAUGUACAAAUAUCUCUACCAGAAAUGACUAGUUGUAACACUUGCAACAAGAAAGAAAAUGAUGGACCAAUCCAUGUAGAUGGUAUGCCAAAAGAUUCAAGUGAAAAAGAAAAAACACCCACCAAGAAUUUCUAUGAAAGUGCAGCUGAGUAUAUCAGCCAUGAACUUGUAAAUGCUGCUUUAGUGGCUGGCUCCAGAGACAACAUUACAGUUAUGGUAAUACUUCUCAAUGGAAGUGAGUAUCAGUUUCUGAAGUAAAAGAUAAAUUUCUGACUAUCCAGAAUACAAAAAUAUAAAGAGAAUUCUUCAAUGAACCAGAUAUUAGGAUACUACAUUAGUACCAACAAAUCAUUUUUA